AUAAAAUGAUAUAAAUAAAGUUCACAGGCUGGGUGAAAAAAAAAAAAUAAAAAUAAUUACAAUGUCUAAACGCUCGAAAGUAGAGAAAGUAGAGAAAGUUGAGGAAGUUGCAAAAAGUAAUGUAAAAAAUAUGAACGAAGAAUUAAAACAAUUCGUUGAUGACGAUAAACAUUUUUCUUUAGUGCGCAAUUUUCAUCUUGCAGACAUUAUUACACUAGCAAACGGUGCAUGUGGUUCUUCGUCAAUUUUUUUAAGUAUACAGUAUAUGAUUACGAAAGAUAAAAAUUUCCUUUGGAUGAGCUUAUUAUUAAUGCCAUUGGGAAUGAUGUUUGAUCUUUUUGAUGGAAAAGUAGCAAGAUGGAGAAGAACUGCUAGUACUUUGGGACAGGAGUUAGAUUCUUUAGCGGAUUUGAUAUCAUUCGGUGUUGCCCCGGCAGUAUGCGCCUUUGCAGUUGGCAUGCGCACAUUCUUGGAUUCAAUUGUUUUGGUAGUUUUUAUAUCUUGUGGAAUUGCUCGUCUGGCGCGAUAUAACGCUACUGUAGCAUCGCUUCCCAAGGAUAAAUCCGGUAAAGUUCAUUAUUUUGAAGGUACGCCAAUACCAACGACCCUGUGCAUAAUGGCAUUAGUUGCUUAUCUUGCUAAUAAUGGAUAUAUCGAGGAUAAUCUUCCCGGUGGAAUAAUCAAACUGCCUAUAAAUUUCGAUUUUCAUCCUUUUGUUUUGUUAUUUGGAUUAAUGGGAAUAACCAUGGUUAGUAAAACUAUAAAAAUACCAAAAAUUUAAAUAACCAUAUUCAAGCGAUUAUAUGGUAUUUUUUUAUAGUUGAGCAAUUUUUAUUGCCCAUGAAAUAUUUUACAAUAUAUUUAUAAUUAUACUUAUAUAACCUCCUAAAUAACCGAAUAAAUAGCUUAGUUUAUCUUUUAUAAUUAAA